UUGCUCCACGGUUGGUGCGGAUGCUGCUGGGUUCCUGUACUGCGACGCGCCCCCAUCUCUGCUGCUGAUACCACAGUGUCUGUCCUUCUACAGCGACCACACACCUGCAAACGGAAAAAGGGUCAAGGAUAAAUUAACUAGCACUACAGCCACAUUAAGGCUGGUGGUUUAACAACUGAAUGUGGACACGACGCUAGCACAACGUUUGUAAAACAAAGUUGCGCUAAAUGUCAAGCUAACUUACUAGCUAUCAGAGGAAGUUAGCAAGCUAGCUAACGUGAUUUGCUGCUAGUGAUGGUCUUCUCUUUAAAACCUUAUGUUGUAGCUAGUUCAUCAUAGAAUAAUUUACAAGUCACUCAUUGCAGCGCAGGGGCUAUGCUAGUUACGGCGAGUUAUCGUGCUAACCAGUGUAAAAACCGAUACAUGAUUUAAAACAACUGCUAUUUUACAGCUAACGUUAACUCAAAGUGAAUGAGGGAGAGGGAUAAUUUAAGCACAGAUUGAAGCCAAUCACGUCUAAAAUGUUGAAUCUUUUAUUUUAGUUAAGAUCGUAUUGACUAGGUUAACCGUCCCUUUAUACUGACAGAAUAUCGAUAGUAGCAUCUACCAGAUUACAACUGUUUAAAACAGAUUAUAACCGUUUAAGAAAGAUCCACAAGUGAAAAUGGCUCCAAAAAAGAGACCAUUGCCCUUAACCAUUGCUCCUGCUGGCGGUGGGUUAUCCACCUCCCCCAACACUGAUGUUCCACCCGAGGCCAAUUUAGUGGCACUGAAAAGAAUAUUGGAGGAGUUGGACCUAGAUGACCAACAGAAAAAGAGGUUGGAAGCUUUCCUCACCCUGAAGGCCAAGGUGGGCGAGUUGAGAGAUGACGACUUCCAACGUGUCUGUGAGCUGGGGGCAGGCAAUGGAGGAGUCGUCAAUAAGGAAUGCCACAAGUCUUCAGGCAUAAUCAUGGCCAGAAAGCUCAUACAUCUUGAAAUCAAACCGGCAAUCAGAAACCAGAUCAUCCGAGAGCUUCAGGUGCUGCAUGAGUGUAACUCUCCCUACAUUGUGGGCUUCUAUGGAUCAUUUUACAACGAUGGAGAGAUCAGCAUCUGCAUGGAACACAUGGAUGGUGGAUCUCUUGACCAGGUGCUGAAAGAAGCAAAGAGGAUCCCUGAAGAAAUUCUGGGAAAAGUCAGCAUUGCUGUUUUGAGAGGCCUUGUGUACCUGAGAGAAAAACAUCAAAUCAUGCAUAGAGAUGUGAAGCCUUCAAACAUACUGGUGAACUCGCGUGGGGAAAUCAAGUUGUGUGACUUUGGUGUCAGCGGGCAGCUCAUCGACUCUAUGGCCAAUUCCUUCGUUGGAACAAGGUCCUACAUGUCGCCUGAGAGAUUGCAGGGAACCCACUAUUCUGUGCAGUCAGAUGUGUGGAGCAUGGGGCUGUCCCUUGUGGAGAUGUCAAUCGGACGCUUCCCCAUCCCUCCUCCUGAUGCUAAAGAACUGGAGGCCUUGUUUGGACGUCCCAUCUCGGGUGGUGGUGGAACAGAGACCCUCAGCACUUCACCCAGACCUAGACCACCGGGUCGACCUGUCAGCGGUCAUGGCCCUGCGAUGGCUAUCUUUGAACUACUGGACUACAUAGUAAAUGAGCCUCCUCCCAAACUACCACAUGGCGUCUUCACCUCUGAUUUCCAGGACUUUGUGACUAAGUGUCUCAUCAAAAAUCCAGCAGAAAGGGCUGACUUGAAAAUGCUGAUGAACCAUAUGUUUAUCAAGCGAUCCGAGGUGGAGGAGGUAGACUUUGCGGGCUGGCUUUGUAAAACCAUGGGGCUAAACCAACCUAGCACUCCCACACGCACUGCAGACUGAACACGAUAUGUACAUCUAGAACAUGGUAAAGCUGAUGCCUAUACCCUUACACCUAUACACACACAUACAGUAUACACACACACACACACACACAGUAUACACACAGUAUACACACACAGUAUACACACACAGUAUACACACACAGUAUACACACACACACACACACACACACACACACACACACACACACACACACACACACUGUUUGCCACGUCCUUUCUCAGGUGGACCUCCGUCUAUCACAGGAGCUCUACUGAAAUUUAAGACAGAAAGAUACAGGCUCUACAGCACUAGGGUUUCCAAUCAUGGCAGGUAAAUACAUAAAUGAAUGUGUUUUUUUAUGUCACAUUGUAUAAUCAUUUGUUUAUUUUACUUAAGAGGUUAGGUGUGUCUGUGUGGGCAAGUGAUGAGUGAAGCUAGGAUAUAUAUAUUUUUGUUGCAUUUUGUGAUGCGAGUGAUUUCUACAAAUUCUAAGAUGCCAAGUAAAGGUACAACUUUCAAUGCACCCUCCUUUUUUCCUCUGUCAGAGUUAACGUAAGCAGCAUUAUGAGCUUGUUGUGGUACCAUUAGAUACAUAUUUCCAACAACUGGCUUUAAGAUUAGUAGACCUUCAUCACUGGACAGUACAAAAACAAAGCUGCAUAUCCACUCGCUGAGCAUUCUCAGCUGAAACAACUGAUUAUUUCUUUGUGGUUGCUGUAAUGUUAACAACAGGACAUGGAUUUGCCAUUGAAGUGCAUCCUGUGUUGUGGCAGGAUUGGGGCAUUUUGCUCCUUUUGUGUUCUUCUAUUUGUGUACUUCCUCCUUUAAAUCUAAAGAUAUUGAUGUUUUUUAUGGUAAAAUCAUCACAAGAUUUGUCUUUAUAAUUUGUCGGAAACUGUCAAUAAAUAGUAUGUAUUGUCACAUGUCUUCAUAAACCAGACUAUCGCUU